AUGUUGAAGAUAUGGUCGAUGAAAAAGGAGCAGAAGGAUGCAGAGAAUGCUGAAGGUCAAGCUUCCGGCGGCAAGAAGAAGAAGGUGACAGCAGCUCAGUUGCGCGUGCAAAAGGACCUUUCAGAACUUUCCCUCGGUUCGACAAUGAAGACAGAGUUCCCUAACCCUGACGAUAUCCUCAACUUUGUACUCACGAUCGACCCUGAUGAGGGCAUGUACCGAAACGGUCGGUUCACAUUCGACUUUACCAUUAACCAGAACUUCCCACACGAGCCUCCCAAGGUUCGAUGCCGAGAAAAGAUUUACCACCCCAACAUCGAUCUGGAGGGCAAGGUGUGCCUGAACAUUCUGCGAGAGGACUGGAAGCCUGUGUUGAACUUGAACGCAGUGAUUGUUGGCCUACAAUUCCUUUUCCUUGAACCCAACGCAUCGGACCCGCUGAAUAAGGAGGCCGCUGAGGAUUUACGAAACAACCGGGAGGGCUUCAAGCGCAAUGUGAGGACUGCUAUGGGUGGCGGAGUGGUUAAAGGCACAAAUUACGACAGGGUCCUCAAAUAG